AUGGCCUGGGGCCCUAGCAACGUGCAGAAACUCCUGCCUGUAAUGGCUCCCAGCACCAGGCCCUACGAACCCCUGGCUGCUGAAGGUCAGUUCCUCCAUGGGAAGAAAGAGGCCGUGCCACUGAAACGUUUCGGGCCCACACCGACAGCCGGGCCCGGGCCCUCUGCGGGCCUGGGGCCGCGGGCCCCGCGGGCACCGCGCAGCCUCCUCCGGGGCUGGGACCGCAGGCACGCCAGGCCCCCCCCGAGGUCGGGACUGCAGCGGCCGGAUCGCCCGGCCGGCCCCGAGGAAGCGGAGCAGCUGGUGUCUGCUUUGCACCAUCUCACCAGGCACAUCGUGUACCACGGCUUGACCAGGGCAGAAGAUAUCAUCUCUCUCUUUCCAGAAAACUUCCACCAAAAUCUGAAGAACCUUUUGACUAAGAUAAUCUUGGAGAAUAUCUCUGCUUGGAGGAAUGAAGCACAAGCAAGUCAGAUCUCCCUACCUCGGCUGGUUGACAUGGACUGGAGGGUGGACAUCAAGACAUCUUCAGACAGCAUCAGCAGAAUGGCAGUCCCUACUUGCCUGCUUCAGUUAAAGAUUCAGGAAGAUGUUGCCUUAUGUGGAAAUAGUCCUGUUGUUUCUGCCCUGACUGUGGAGCUGAGCAAAGAAACCCUGGACACGAUGUUAGAAGGUCUAGGAAGGAUCCGGGACCAACUUUCUGCUGUUGCAAACAAAUGAAUACUCAAGGGCAUGGAUUCCAGCGCGAGGAAGGGGAGUGUUCUCUACCUACAGCUCCCAUAAGCUGCAGCCUAGUGUAACGUGUGUUCUGUUUGAACAAAGCAAAAUUAAAGAGGUUUCUUUAUUGAGUUAAUAAGAUAGCUUUUGAAAAGCUGACACUUAAACAUUCCUUUGGUCCGAUGCCAAAGAGCGUUUUCCUGGUCCAUGGUCGAACAAAAGCUGGUCUCUAUUCCAGCAGGGGAUUUGCAGGCUCAGAGCUUGGCUUAAUCAGAAGGAUCGUCACUGGAAACAGCAAAUAGCUGCAGCCAAUGAAGUGAGUGCUGUCUCUCUGCCCUGAAAUUAGGGUCUGAAAGGCUCAGUCAGGCUGGUUAAUGGGCUGCCUUCCAGCACUAGCAGAGGAGGAGGUGCUUCUCUCUGGAAGGGGUGUGUGGAGGUGCAUGCUGGCUGUAGCACCCUCUCCCUCGCCGUGCAGCACGGCCGUUCUGCAGAUUGUUAUUACAGCAUAAUGCUUUGAAAUAGGGCAAUUAUGCUCCAACACAUUCCCUUCUGAUCAGCUUCAUAGCACCAUUUGCGAAAUGACUAGUCUGAACGUCUUUAGUAGCAAGUAAUUUCCUCCUUCUGUUUCAAAAGAAAAAAAGGAGUUCAGCUAAUUAAUGUUUGGGUUUAUUGGACUCUGGGCUUUGCCUUCAGUUGAUGAAAACCAGACUGGGAAAGUAAAGACUGGAUGGCCAUCGCCUGUACUGUAGGGAGCUGUUCCGUGGCAAUAUGUGCCUCUACUUCCCCAAACUGUUCUGUUUUUUGUUUGGAUAAAUUUUCGUUUAAUUAAAAAAAUGAACUGCUAA